UUCGCAUCAGUUUCAUUUGAACGGUCGACGAGGCGCGUUGUGCCAGAGGAAGUGCCCUGCGAACAGCAGAACAGCCCCCAGCAGACCGAACAUUUCAAACAAAACCAACUCUCCGGAACUCAAGUUCUUCAGCUCGACAGCGCAGCGCCCAAAACAAAAACAUCCCAUACCAAAACCAAAACCAAAACCAAAACCAAAAGCUACAGAACACACCGAAAAACUCACAGUACAGUAUCCAAAGUAACUCUUUUUUUGAUUGUGCUUCUCAGUGUUGUGCUAAGACCGUAUUAACUUGCAUAAAUAUACAUCCAGAAGUAUCCAAAGAUAUUCAAAGUAACCUGUAUUUUAAAACAUCAACCUAAAGAAACUAAAUUAAGAAACCCACGGCCAAAGGCUGAAAACCAAGCAGACAGUUCCAAGAACAAGUACUUUUCAAGCUUCGGUGCGUUUUUGAAUCCCAACUGCUAACGUGACGCACGAAAAUGUGCACGAAAUUUUCACUGGACUCGAACGACUGAAAAGUGCGUUCCAUUGAAAAGAAAAACUAAUGCGAAUCGCGCGAAACUUUUGAUUAAUUAAAAGUAAAACAAAAAGCCGAGAGCCAACCGACAACUGACUUCUGGCGAACCACACAAAAACAACACGACGAGAGUCCUAAAACUCAACCAUCAACAGAAAAGAACUUCUCCUCCAGGAAGCUAAGCUAACAGAAAAAACACACAGAUAGCAAAAAAAUUAAACUAAACAGAACAUCAACAUCGAAAUGGAAUUGGCCAUCAGAAUUGUCAAUCCGCACUUAGCUCACUACAAGAACAACAACUUCAGCAGCAGCAUUCACACCGGCAACAGCAAACCACUAAUCACCAGCAGUAACUACAGCAGCAACAAUUGCAGCAUAAACAACAACGACGAGGACAACAAUCCCAACGCCAAUAGGGACAACUAUAUAAGAACGACAAGAGCAGCACAAGGUGCAACAACCGCAGGCAACUACCAAUCAGCAGCAGCAGCAGCGGCAACAGCAGCAGCAACAACUUGCAACAGACUUGUAUUGGCAACAACUAAGCGAAAUGCAGCAGCCGCAGCAACAACCAUCCAUCGACCAGCUGACCGAGCCCAUAGCUUCGACCAGCGCCGCGGCGGCAAUUAGGCAGGCGGCUGCAACAGCAACACCAGCAACAACAUCGUCAACAGGCAACAACUUCCACCAGCAACUGCAAGCGACAACGGCAGCAACCAUGCAACGUCUGCGUACAACAUUCACGCGGUCGCGCACUCCCACAGGUGCCGAGAUGAAGAUGCAGAACAGCCUAGAGGUGCCCAAGCAGGUACGGUCAGCAUCCUUCGACGAGAUGCAACUGGAGUCGCAGCGUGCCUCCUCCAGCCUGCUGAAGCAGCAAUCCGCAUCGUCGGCAGAUGAACGCUCCUCAGAGGCCGGCUUCUUGCAGGUUCCCUUGGCGGCCCACCAACAGCGAUCGCACAGCUUCGACUCGGCCACGGCCUCUGGAGGCAGCGAUGAUUCCGGUACCUUUUUGGAGGUCCCGAAGCGGCUUAAGAUUCGCCGCACUUCGUCCACCAAGACACCGCCGCCCUGCAUCCAUUGUCACUAUCUGGAGGAGUACGAGCGCCGGAUGACCGCCGACCAACGCUACUUUAUCGAUCACCGCGAGCUGUCGGCCCUCAGCUAUAGCAACACCAGCUCGGAGACCAGCGAGGAUGAGGACGAGGAGGAGGAGGAAGGCGAGGGCAGCACGGCCAUUGAGGAUGCCGAGGUGGAGACCACCGAGGCGGCCACAGGGGAGGCGGACGAAGAUCCCCGUACCGAGGUGGAGUCCGAGCACGACCACGAUCCGGAUGACGAUGCCGCUCUGGAGAUGGACAUACGCAUUGGCAACAUGAGUAGCCAGGGAAGCAGCAUCGAGGAGUCGCGUGCACGCUUGCCGCGCCAGAUGAGGCGCCACACCAUCGGCAGCAGCUCGAUGACCUCGGCCUCCGAGGACGAGGGCUUGGAGGGAUCGGACAACGGAUCGCCACACUUUGGCAACACCUUGUUGCCACCACAGCCGGCAACGCCGUGCGGCAUAACAUUUACGUUGAGUCCAACCAACGGGGACUAUCCAUCACCGCCGCAUCUCCCUCUGGAUCCGGGCUCGCCACCCAUGUCGCCCUGCUCCUCGCACUCGGGUCGAAUGCCAGCUUUGGCCCCAACCAUUUCGACACCCUGCUCCUCCGCCGAUGCCGAUGAUGCCGGAGCAGCCAUGGGUCUGCCGGUGCGGGCCAGACGUCGGUCGAUUUCGCGACAGGAGGCGAUCUUUGUGGAGCCCACUGGCAACUCGCUGGAGAACGUCUCGCACGAGGAAGUGGACAACAGCAACACCAACACCAAGUCAUCGGUGGAUACGGCUGAUUCGCUGGAAGAGGCUUCGACCAUGGCCACUUGCGGAUCCCCAGGAGCCGUCGGUGGGGUGGGCGCGUCAUCCUCGAGUCAUCAUAGCGCCUUUGUGGUGCGGGAUAUCUACUUAAUGGUGCCGGAUUUGAAGCGAGAUCGCGCUGCUUCCGUGGACUCGUGCUUCUCCAAGCUCUCGUCAGGAGCCAAAACGGAGGAGCUGCAGCCCAGUGCUGACGGGUGCUUCCUCACCGUGCCGAACAUCAAUGCCACCAGGUCGCGAUCCGUGGACAUCGUGUUGCCCACCGACGAGCAGGCCAGGUACAAGGCCUUGUCCAUGACCGGGUCCACCGUCACCUACGCAGAUGGGCGUACCGCCUCCGCCAGCAAUUCCCGGCGACCCAUUAGGAUUGUGCCCGACUGGACCGAGAAUGCGGUGCAGGGCGAGCACUACUGGAAGCCCACCUCGGCCUCCGGCGAUCUCUGCUGCCUGAAUGAGGAGUGCAUUAAGAGCGGUCAGCGGAUGAAGUGCUCCGCCUGCCAGCUGGUUGCGCACCACAACUGCAUCCCCUUCGUCAACGAGAAGAGCACCCUGGCCUGCAAGCCGACCUACCGGGAUGUGGGCAUCCGGCAGUACCGGGAGCAGACCACCACCCACCACCACUGGGUGCACCGCAAGCUGGAGAAGGGCAAGUGCAAGCAGUGCGGCAAGUUCUUUCCUAUGAAGCAGGCGGUGCAAAGCAAGCUAUUUGGGUCGAAGGAGAUCGUGGCGUUGGCCUGUGCCUGGUGCCACGAGGUCUACCACAACAAGGAGGCCUGUUUCAACCAGUCCAAAAUCGGCGAGGAGUGUCGUCUGGGCAACUAUGCGCCCAUCAUUGUGCCGCCUUCGUGGAUUGUAAAGCUGCCGACCAAGGGCAACUUCAAGUCCUCGAUACGCGUGAGCAACAAGAACAAUGCCGCCUCCGGCUCGGGGGGCGGGGCAGGUGGCUCCGGGGGCGGUGGGUCGGGAGGCGGGGGCGGCGGCAAGAGCAAGAGGCAGACGCAGCGCCGGCAGAAGGGCAAGGAGGAGAAGAAGGAGCCGCGGGCGUUCAUUGUGAAGCCCAUUCCGUCGCCGGAGGUAAUCCCGGUCAUUGUGUUUAUUAAUCCGAAGUCGGGCGGCAAUCAGGGCCACAAGCUGCUGGGCAAGUUCCAGCAUCUGCUCAAUCCGCGCCAGGUGUUCGAUCUGACGCAGGGCGGCCCAAAAAUGGGCCUGGAUAUGUUCCGGAAGGCGCCCAAUUUGAGGGUCCUGGCGUGCGGAGGCGACGGCACCGUCGGCUGGGUCCUUUCCGUCCUGGACCAGAUCCAACCGCCUCUCCAACCAGCUCCGGCGGUCGGUGUCCUGCCCUUGGGCACUGGCAACGAUCUCGCUCGCGCCCUCGGAUGGGGAGGGUCUAUUUUCUUUCAGGGCUACACCGACGAGCCGAUCGGAAAGGUGCUGAGGGAGAUCGGGAUGUCGCAGUGCGUGCUCAUGGACCGCUGGCGGGUGAAGGUCACGCCCAACGAGGACGUCACCGACGACCACGUGGACCGCAGCAAGCCGAACGUCCCCUUGAACGUCAUCAACAACUACUUCUCCUUCGGCGUGGACGCCCACAUCGCCCUGGAGUUCCACGAGGCGCGGGAGGCCCACCCGGAGCGCUUCAACUCGCGGCUGCGCAACAAGAUGUACUACGGCCAGAUGGGCGGCAAGGACCUGAUCCUGCGCCAGUACCGCAACCUCUCCCAGUGGGUCACGCUCGAGUGCGACGGCCAGGACUUCACCGGAAAGCUCCGCGACGCCGGCUGCCAUGCCGUCCUCUUCCUCAACAUUCCCAGCUAUGGCGGCGGCACCCAUCCGUGGAACGACUCCUUCGGCGCCUCAAAGCCGUCGAUCGACGACGGCCUGAUGGAGGUGGUCGGACUGACCACCUACCAGCUGCCCAUGCUGCAGGCGGGGAUGCACGGCACCUGCAUCUGCCAGUGCCGCAAGGCCCGGAUCAUCACCAAGCGGACCAUUCCCAUGCAGGUUGACGGGGAGGCCUGCCGCGUAAAGCCCUCGGUGAUCGAGAUCGAGCUGCUCAACAAGGCGCUGAUGCUGUCCAAAAGGAAGCACGGCCGUGGGGAUGUCCAGGUAAAUCCGCUGGAGAAGAUGCAGCUGAACAUCUUGCGCGUCACCAUGCAGCAGUACGAGCAGUACCACUAUGACAAGGAGAUGCUCCGCAAGCUGGCCAACAAGCUGGGCCAAAUCGAAAUCGAGUCCCAGUGCGAUCUGGAGCAUGUGCGCAACAUGCUCAACACCAAGUUCGAGGAGUCCAUCUCCUAUCCAAAGGUCUCCCAGGACUGGUGCUUCAUCGACUCCUGCACCGCGGAGCACUACUUCCGCAUCGACCGUGCCCAGGAGCACCUGCACUACAUCUGCGACAUCGCCAUCGACGAGCUGUACAUUCUGGACCACGAGGCGGCCACCAUGCCGCAGACGCCCGACCAGGAGCGCUCCUUCGCGGCCUUCUCGCAGCGGCAGGCGCAGACCGAGAGGCGCCAGUUGGACCAGGCCCAGGGCCGCGGCCCGGGCAGCACCGAUGAGGAUUUGCAAAUUGGCUCCAAGCCCAUUAAAGUGAUGAAGUGGAAGAGCAACAAAGAUCGUUUGUUCAGUUUCAACGAAGAUGUUUUUGGUUAUGGAUUCAGCCCUAUACUGGAGCAAACUUCCGAUGCCAUACUACUAGCAGCCCAGAGCGGCGAUCUCAAUAUGUUACGUGCACUACAUGAACAAGGAUACUCACUGCAGUCAGUGAACAAGAACGGACAGACGGCGCUGCACUUCGCCUGCAAAUACAACCACAGGGACAUUGUCAAAUACAUCAUCGCGAGCGCCACACGACGCCUCAUCAACAUGGCCGACAAGGAGCUUGGACAGACGGCGCUCCACAUUGCCGCCGAGCAGAACCGUCGCGACAUCUGCGUGAUGCUGGUGGCCGCCGGCGCCCAUCUGGACUCCAUGGACUCUGGCGGAAACACGCCCAUGAUGGUGGCCUUCAACAAGAACGCCAACGAGAUAGCCACGUAUUUGGAAAGUAAGCAGGGGACACAGCCCGUCGACGGCUGGUUUGACGACUAGACGACUGUAGAAGCGCCGCGGGCCCCUCCAAGUAGAGCAAUCGCUAGACAAGCUUACGCCGUGGGGCUAACUCACGACUAAACCAGACAAAACAAAGCAAACCCCAGCAAAGCAAAGAACAAAUCGAUAACCACAGUACCAGAAUAUCAGUAAAGCAGUAAUCCAAAAUAAGAACGUAAUUUUAACAUUGCAUAUUUCUCCUUUCUAUGCCAACAAAAACAACCAACACGGACAAUGUCUUGUAAAUAAUGCAAUCUACCUAAACAAUUCGAACGAUAACGAUAUCGAUGUCGAAAUCGAUAACGAAAUCAACUCAACAUUCCACAAACUCACAUCGGGUUUCCGGUUCCGGCUUCGCUUAGGUCAAGAGCGUUUCAUGCAUCUGGAGGUGCAGACCCGCAUCUAAGUGGAGCAUUCAGCGGAGGCAUUCACCCGACAAACAUACACACGUAAUAAUAAUCAGAAUAAUGGUAAUGCUUUUUUUGGCAAUUUUUUUGUGUUAGCAUGUACGAGAGAAAUCUAGUUUAAACUAAGCAAAGGAAAUACAUACAGCAAGAAACACUCAACACAUUUAGCGCUUAAGAGGACACUGGUGUGGAAAAAUAACUUAAUUUAUUGUAAAGAAAGCUAGCGAAACGAAAGGCAACAUUUGUCCGGAAAAUUUUCAACUUUUAAUUACCUUACGAUAGAUCGAACUGGAAGUGUUAUUAUUAUAAAGCGGCAACUGCAAAAUGAAAUUCGAAAUUGAUUUGUUUCUCUUACCGAUUGAUUAACGAUUAAUGAUUAUAUUGUGAUAUCUAAAUUAAUUAAUGUAUUGGACUAGAGAGCGAGAACGAGAACGAGAGCAAAUAGAAAUUGAUAUUAGCGGAGGGCUUUUGCUGUACUACCAACUAAACCAAAAAAGUUUAAAAAAAUGAAACAAACAAAAAACACACACAGAGACACACUAAGCAAACACAUAGCCUAUAUAUUUAAUUAUAUAUUUAAUUCUAUCAUAGGCACUUCUUUUGAAUUCAAUCUAGGCUAAGAGACAACUUGAAUACUCUUGUCAAGGAAAACAAAAGGCAGAGCAGCAGCACGGUUAGAAGAGAGACGCACCAUGCCCUAAGCGGCUAUGGCCAUCUCGCUCAGACACAGACAAGCACACACACAUACACAGUCCCGAUGCACAGACUAGGAUGCACAACCCCCUAGAUAUACCGCCCACUUCCACCUCACCCUCACCCUCAACCUCACCCAAAGAACCCUCAGCGUUUCAAACCGAAAGACUUGGGCCAAUCUAGGCGUCCCCCCCAAAAGCGAGGUCACCUGCCCCAAAGAACAAAAACCUAGACGUUAGGACGGGGCAGGGGCCCACCAAGACUAUCUAUGAACUAUCCUAUAUACUAUAUUCCGUGCUCUUCAAUUUUAAACCCUCGCGACACAAAGGAACAACGGAACACACUCUUAGUAUAGACGCAUGCAUAUUUUAUCGAGUUAAGAGCAACUAUGGAAUACCACAAUAUUAUAUAUAGCCGUUAAUUAAACCGUAUAUGUAUGCUAUGUACAGUAGAGGGCUACCUUUUUUGAAAAUUUUCCAUCUUUUCUUUGCUUAUAUUCAAAAUUCCGAGUUAUAUAUACAUUUAAUCACAUUGUCGAGUCAAUUGCGUUUACCGCGACCCAAUUAGGAUUUUUCGGCUUAGCUAACUUUAACGAUUGUAGCGAUAAUAAGGAUAGACGACGAAUCUCACUAUCGAUUGAUAAGGCACCCGAGAGCGAUAAGUAUCGAUCACCUUUACGAGGCUUGGCCGAAUGCAGCCCUGUCCCCCGCCGCGUCCAACCGCAAUCGGCUUUGUUCCUGGAAAACCGUGGCUCUGGCUUUCGGAAUAUCGGAUUGGGUUCGGACCCAAGGGGGCCACCGCCAGCAUUCCACCCAUCGCGCCCUGCGGGCCACUUCCGGUCUCGGAGGCGCGCUUCCGGCGUGGGUAAUCAUGUUUUGGAUUGCACACGGAGGAGAAUACGAAGGGAACUAAAAACGAAUAAAACAAUAAGCUUAAAAGCGUAGAAAAACACAAAGAAGUUAGUUACACACAUCGUAGACUGUCGCAGAUGGUGUUGAAGUGUCUAGCAGUCCGACGAUUUUCGAUCCCGGCAUUGCGGGACCUCGCGCAUGCAGCCUUUACGCCCCAUAAGACGUGCCACCCAUUGGGCAACCGGGAUCCAAAAUCGUAACACCAAUCUACACCGCCUGCGGCAACUAAUGAAUUCCUCAGCUGCGGUCAAAAAAGUGGUGGUGCCCUGCGAGCAUUAACAAUUAAUUUCUUUUCUCUGGUAAUUUUUAAUUGUUAAAAAAAAAGGUUUUAAUUUAAAAAUUGCAUUUGUUAUAGUUUAGUUAUAAAUUACUCAUGUAUGAAAAUAUCUUUUUCGGUUUUUUAAUUAUUCUAAUACAUCUUUUUUGGUUACAAAAAAAUUGUAUUCUAAAGCGAAUUUUUUCUAUUAAUAAUAACAAUUAAAAAUGUUUUAGAUAAUUUGGUAUUUGGUAUUCAAUUCCAUUUUAAAACUCUCAAACCCGCCAUAAAAACGGCCGCAGCUGGAAAUCCAUAUGCAGUAGAGCAGAGUUGAGUAAGGAAUAUUUAGCAAAUGACAAUCUAGAGAUUUUAUAGCAAAUGAGCCGAGCACGAGGCCGUCGAGAGUUUGCUAUCCCCUAAACCAUGAACUAAAACUACACGAUCCUUCAAACAGUAACCAAUAGGAAAUUGAAACUCUGAAACGAUUUGGUUAGUUCUCGCAACUUGCUAUACACACAAAGCUUCAAGAUGAAAUUGUAGUUGAAGGAUUUAGGCGGGAAUAGGUUAGUGUCAAUCGAGGAGAGCGCUAUCUAUCGAUCUAGACGGGCUAUAUGCUAAAUGGUGAGUGAUGGCAGAUGAAUACUGAAUACAGAAUACCGAAUACUGAAUACUGAGGGCUAAAAUGCAGGAAAUGCGAGUAAAUGGCGGGCGAAGUGCUCGAUGCACAGCUGUUCGGAGAACAACCGGGUCCAAGCCAAACUAUGGAUAUAUUUUCGUGCAUUUUGUAGAAGUUGAGUACCCACACGAGACACUGAGAACACAAGGACACACCCCACAGGACACCACACGCAGAUACAAGACAGAGGACACGUGCAUUAAGUGGAGGCAAUUACUGCAUGAUGUGUAUAUAGGGACGACAUAGAUGCUAUAUAUAUAUACAGACAUACAUAUAUAGUAUAUAUAUUUUUUUCGAAUCGUUUAAGUGAAACUUUUGAACAAAAUAUGGAAAAUGAAACGCAAGUCUUAUGAAAUCCUAGCAAGUAAGGCAAACCAAAAUUGUAAAGGUCAAGAUACACAGAUACGGAUGGCGGAACGAUAUACCUAAAACAAUGCCUAACUGUACGAUAGUAAGCAUACUAUAUACAUAUAUAUAUUGAUAACGUAAUAAAGCGGAAUUUAUGUGUGUGCAAGUAA